AUGCUUGAUUCUGGUAGUAGACUUGAUAAUGUUCUCUCCACUUUAACUUCUUCAAUUGGCACCGGGCGUGUUGGCCUUUCGGCGUCUGUCACCAAGGUGAAGGAGUGGUUGGGGAAAUAUAAUGAGGAAGUUGGCAGGAAGACUGGAGCAGUGACCGAUGGAUUAUCUGCACUUAUAGGUGUGAAUGAGAAUUAUUUUCAAGCCGUCUCAGGUACAAACACAAGGCCACUUAGGGAGCAGCUCAGCGCAUGGACCGGGACCCUGGAGAAGAUUGAGAGAGACAUUAGCGCCACUAGUAGCCACGCUAGCGAAUUAGAUGACGCACUUAAGACUAAUUUAAUGCACGAAAUAAAACCACUUAGCACGGCAGUCGAACUGCUGAAAACAUCUGCGUCGGAUCCUGCUUAUCAGGGUCAAGUGGGCACAGUAGAUGAUGAGUUUGGGGCGCAGAAACGAAAGGUGGAGCGGGCGAUUGAACAAAAAUCCGAUGAGCUUCAGAAUACUGUGCGGACCAAGCUAACUGAAAUAGAUGACAAAAUAGAUGUCAUUGAACUUCAGCAUAGCAGUACGUUGCAGGCUUUGUUGGCGUCAGUUCAGCAGUUGGAAAAGGGUCUACUUCAAGCUGACACGGAGGCGAAAAGGUUGGAACAAGAUUAUAAAGCUGAAAUUGCUGUUAAAGUGAAUGACAUUAAUGAUACAGUCAAGGUACUUGGAACGGACACUGUUUCAGGUGGUCUCCAAGAGGUUUUCAAAACGGUUAGUGCACAGUUGGAGGUGCUUGGGCGUAAGCUGGCGGAGCUGGUUGGUCUGGCUGCGAGUGUUAAGCCGACGGUGAACGCUGGUUUAAUUCAAAUUACUGCCCAGUUGAAUCCUCAGAUUCAGCAGCUUAAGGAGGGAAUUAGAGAACAAAUAUUGGCGUACAUUAAGAGUCAGUUGGGAGAGAGAAUUAUGAUUGCGAUCGAAGCGAAGACUAAUGACAUUGCGCAUAAAACAACGGCAAGUGAACACCCAGGACACCUAGACAGAAUUUUAAAAGACGUACAAAAUUAUGCUGGGGUGGUUGGACAGAGGAUUGAGCAGACAGUGCAGGGGUGGCUUGAUAAAAUAGUGGAGGAGGCGGGAGUGAACAUGCAUAUUACGUACUAUGUUCAGUAUAACAAGCUGAAGCUGCCACAUCGUUUUAAACCGACAUAUAAUGGUAUGAAAGAUGAGGACGCAGUGAAAACAGCUAUUAAGGAUAAGAUUAUGGGAGCACUGAGGGGCCGUUCGCUGAGCACACCAGCAGGCAGGGGCACAACGGUGCAAGAUGUUUUAAAAGAGAUCAGCGGGUUAUUUACUAGCGUUGCUGAGGCAAUGGAGGCAAUAGAGCACGCCGGAAAUAUACUUACAAGCGUUGAGGAAGAAGUUUUGAAAGCUGAUCCGUCAGUCAAAUCAGAUCCUACCUAUACCCCGUAUCAAUCCUAUCUCACAAAUGCCAUUCAAGCCACACUUCUACAACUACCUCUUAUAGCCCGGCAAACGGCAUCAGAAAUUGAGUCCUUUGCGGUAAAUUGUAAAAUAGAAAGCAACGUAGAUGCGGCGGUUACCGCGAUUAAGGGGCUUGGCCAGCAACUCAAGGACACAGUCUGCAAAAUUCCUACCGGCGAUCGCUCCGGCCAACUCGGUCAACUUGGCAAUCUUGGCAUCCAAAUCAAUAGCGAUCUCGGGGACUAUGCCAUACAAGUACAACCCCAACUCGACGAACUAUUAAAAGAUGCAGUUAAAAAUGGUAUAAGCAUGUUAUAUGUCAAGGUGAAUAAGGUCGUUGAAACUGACCUUCGUAGCAUUGAGCAUACGAUAGGAAACCACAUAGAUAGGCUGAGGAAGGAUCCCGAUAACUCGAAGUCAGGCUAUAUUCAGACGCUCAUCGAUCAGCUUCAGCAAAAGAUUACUAAGCUGAUACCCAUCGUUCGUGGUGUUAACGAUAUGGCCAGGAACACUAUAAAAGGCCAGGUGACGUCUUUGAAAGAUCAAGUUAAUGAGGUAAACCAGAGAGCUAUUGAAAUUGCUACAGCUAUAAAGGCAUUCAAUAAGGCUCUCCAGGAAGCCAUCAAAGCAGCACAAUCCACCGUUGAACAGGCGCGUGGUCACCUGCGAGAUAAAAUAUCCAGAGUGCAACGUGAGCUCACCCAAAUCGCCGAAGCAGCCUUCACAGCCGUCAAAGAAGCAGUUCAAUCCAUGUUCUGUGAGCAGCACAAAGCUAACUUAACAGCGUUACACAAAUUGGCCACCAACCAACAAGUUGUCAUUACAGGAAUAAUCGAGAAGGACAAAAUCAGCGGUGUCAAGGGAAUGCUAAGUAAAUUAAAAGAUAAUUAUACUCCGAGACUGGAGGAAAUUACAAAAAUUAAUUCUCACAUUUCGCUCAUCGAUCCUCCGCAAUAUUCGCCGCUGAGCCAGGCAACAAAGAUUUUGAAUGCCGGUUUUAACGAUUUUUUCCAAAAUUUGCAAGAACAAGAGGAUUUCACUGAUGACUUCAAGAAAGUUGCGGACUCCAAGGAAUCCUUGGCCAAAUUACUUGAUGGUCUCGCAACCUCCGAGCAUUUCGACAACAAAUUCAGUGACAACCUGGAGGAACUUGAAAAGAAAAUCGCCGCUUUCCAGCCUACAAAAUUCGGCGACGCCAAAAGUCCGUUGCUGCUGGAUGCGUUGCAUAUGGGAUUUUUGCCAUUCGUCAAGCAGCUGGAGAAGGCGUACGUCUCAGCGUACUCCGGAGACUGCUGGAACAGCAAAAACGGAGAUAAGUGCGCGAGAAUAGUGUUGACUAUAAUUGAGGCUCUGGAACAUGAUAUCGGUCGCUUAAGAGCGGAUUGCAUAAUGAAUGCCAGCUCACAGAUGAAAAUAAUUUCAAGCAACAAUCUUGGUAAAUGGUUCCAGGACCGUGGCUUCACGGUGCCGGAAGAUGACAAGACGCAGAAUGGUUACUUGGACAGGAGAAAAGGCAUAAAGGAAAUUAAAUGGGCCCUUAUAGGCGGUGACAAGCACGUUUACAAAACAAAAGAAACACCAUGUGAAGACAUUCCUUAUAAACUUUUGCUUUGUUUUCAACAGUACAACAAAGUUUGUCACUUACGUAUUUCGACCCCAGCCAAAUAUCCGUCUUCAGUUAGAGACAUGUUGGCGUGGAUGACGGGCCUACCUCACACUAGUGUGUACAGUAAAAUUAAUGGUUAUUGUAAAUCAUUGCUUGAUAAAGAUGAGUCGUAUAAGAAGGACAGUGUCAUCUUACCCAUGCUUGAGCGUAACUUAUCCAGCUACAUAAACUCCACAACACAAAGGGCACACGAUGUCCUUGUUACAAUCUCCGGUAAUGGCCGUGGUUUCGACCAGGCCGACUACCCGUAUGCCUGCGAGUACUCUAAUAAUUCUCGUGGUUUCCAUUAUCCGAAUGAUGUUUCCAGUUUGCUUGGUAUGCUAAGAGAAGUGUGUCAACGUCUACUAUGUGCACUGUAUUUCACAUAUAGCAGAUGCCGUACACCAUCCCACGUACAUGGAUGGCGUGACUGCGCUUACGGCAAAGGUAUCUACAGCUUUGAGUGGGAUUGCGAUAAGCACCCAAAUUCGAAAUCAAAUUGCCAACCAAAAUCAUCACUUCAGUCUCACCUAAUGGACAACCUAGCGGGCUUUUUGCCGCACAAGUUAAAGUCCAACGUAACGUCACUUUCGUGUUCUAGUUGCAAGGGCAACCAACCGGGUCAGCAGUGUCUCACCCCAAUGGGCUUCUGGGACUUGACCGAGUCGGCGUCCAGGAAAGGUGUCGGCAAGGACAUUUUCAAUGCACUUGGUUUUCUAUGCAAAAAUGCCGAUUCACCUCUUUGUGCAUUGCUGCGUUGUUUAACCGCUCUUUGCCCCGUUGCGCCUAGAGGUCUCGCUGAUAUGUUCUCAUUAUAUUGUAAUGUUAUGCAACAGUGGCAAUCGACGGGGAAAUCAUAUGCCCAUGACGACGCAUACAAGGGGACGAUUGACGGCGCCAUUGAGAAAUGUUUCCCAUUCGACCCAUCGGUGCACAACUAUUACAGUGCUGAUAAUUUAACGUCGAAACUCAGAGAUUUGUAUUGCUCCGAUGGAGACCACAAAGGUCACAAAAACGACAAAAAUCACUGCGGUCUUCAAAGUUUGUCAACGAAACGUACUGUCGAUAUUGCCAAACGAUGCAGUGGCAACGGAACAUAUUGCGCUCCUUACCUUCAAUCGACGUCUCUCCAUUCCCACCAUACAUUCGCCCCCAAACACGCCGGAAUUUAUCUCUCUUGGAUCUCAUAUUUGACCUGGGAUUUGUGGAGUCUUCUCAAUGAAUUACUCGACUCGUUUAAAAAUGUGUCCUGCAAAAACCAUGGAUGCACAUCCUGUAAUUGUGCUCCCGGUAAGCAUGGUGUUUGUGACACGGAUCUGUCCAAACCACCCAGACCAGGUUGUCACUGCCCAUCCAUCGUCCAGUGCCGAGGAGUUAUGUCUACAUUUUACAAGUAUGGAUUUACCUUCCGCGUACCUGGCGAGUUAAUGGAACAUUUAAGCAAAAAGACGUGUGAUCAUUUUGUCAAACAGCUGAGCAAAGUGUUGCAUUCACACUACUUUAGAGAAUUAUUUAGAGAAAUCGAUGAAUUCAACUACUGCAUCCGCCUCCCAUUCAUGUCAUUAUUGUUAGCCCUCUGGUCGCUGUCGCUCCUGUACCUGCUGCACAUCGCCGUCGUCCGCCUCGACGUCCUGAGGAUACGCUCCCACCUGAGAUCACCCUCAAGCCACCGCAUCGCCGCGCAGUCCCUCCUCGCAGCGGCGCGCGUCAAGGCACUCGCCAACGUCAAGUACUUCUCACCGUAA